AUGAGUGGUGGAGACUUGUUCGACGUCUUCAACGAAGAGCCUGUUCAGUUGCCAGAGGUUUCUGAGGUUCCAAAGAUCGAAGAUGACAAGGAAGAUAACAAACGUCCACUAGAGACAGAGACAGAUGUAGAAGAUGGCCAGAAGAGUAGUAAAAAGGCCAAAGGUGACAAGAAGAAGCUAUCUGAAGAGGAUAAGAAGAAAGCAGUUGUUCCAGUCGUGACAGAUGCCUUUGAGCAAGAGGCCUCUAGAGAAGUCGAUCCUUCAGCAGGAUUGAUGAAUAACGUUAACGAGCAAUUGGAGAAAGAAGGUAGGCUCAAAUUGAUGCAUCAAGUUCGCCAUCAAGUGGCUCUACCCCCAAAUUAUGAUUAUAAACCCAUUGGUGAUCAUAAAAGAAUGAAUGAAGCUCGUACCUAUCCUUUCACACUGGAUCCUUUCCAAGAUACAGCUAUCUCAUGUAUUGACAGAGGUGAAUCAGUGCUAGUGUCUGCACACACAUCUGCAGGUAAAACAGUGGUGGCAGAGUAUGCUAUCGCUCAAUCCUUACGUGAUAAGCAAAGAGUGAUCUAUACGUCUCCAAUCAAAGCCCUUUCCAACCAAAAAUAUAGAGAAUUGCUAGCAGAUUUUGGAGAUGUUGGUUUGAUGACUGGUGAUAUUACUAUAAAUCCUGAUGCUGGUUGUUUAGUGAUGACUACAGAAAUUUUGAGAAGUAUGCUUUAUAGAGGUAGUGAAGUGAUGAGAGAAGUCGCUUGGGUGGUUUUUGACGAAGUUCAUUAUAUGAGAGAUAAGGAAAGAGGUGUCGUGUGGGAAGAAACUAUUAUUCUGUUACCUGAUAAGGUUCACUACGUGUUUUUGUCCGCUACGAUACCUAACGCUAUGGAAUUUGCUGAAUGGAUCUGCAAAAUACAUGUUCAACCUUGUCACAUUGUUUACACUGACUUUAGACCUACACCUUUGCAACACUAUUUAUUCCCAGCUCAUGGUGAUGGUAUAUAUCUAGUGGUGGAUGAAAAGAGUACUUUCAGAGAGGAAAAUUUCCAAAAGGCAAUGGCAAGUAUUAGCAGUCAAUCUGGUGAAGAUUCUGGGGCCGUGGAUAGUAAAGGUAAAAAAGGCCAAAGUUUCAAAGGUGGUGCAUCCAAGGGUGAUUCUAAAGGUGAUAUCUACAAGAUCGUUAAGAUGAUUUGGAAGCGUAGAUACAACCCGGUUAUCAUUUUUUCAUUUAGUAAACGUGAUUGUGAAGAGUUGGCUUUAAAGAUGUCGAAGUUGGACUUUAAUAAUGAGGAUGAAAAGGUUGCAUUGACUAAAAUCUUUAAUAAUGCAGUAGCUUUGUUACCAGAAACCGAUAGAGAACUUCCUCAGAUCGUACACCUUCUACCGCUUUUGAAAAGAGGUAUUGGUAUUCAUCAUUCUGGUCUUUUACCCAUCUUGAAGGAAGUGAUCGAAAUUUUAUUCCAAGAAGGUUUCCUAAAGGUGCUGUUUGCAACAGAAACUUUCUCCAUCGGAUUGAAUAUGCCUGCAAAGACUGUGGUGUUUACAUCUGUUAGAAAAUGGGAUGGUCAACAAUUUAGAUGGGUUUCUGGUGGUGAAUACAUUCAGAUGUCUGGUCGUGCUGGUCGUCGUGGGUUGGAUGAUCGUGGUAUUGUUAUCAUGAUGAUUGAUGAGAAGAUGGAACCUCAAGUGGCUAAGGGAAUGGUUAAGGGUCAAGCAGAUAGACUAGACUCCGCCUUUCAUCUAGGUUAUAACAUGAUUUUAAAUUUGAUGAGAGUGGAAGGUAUUUCUCCAGAAUUCAUGUUGGAAAGCUCAUUUUACCAGUUCCAAAACGUGAUAUCCGUUCCUAUUAUGGAGAAGAAAUUGGCUGAACUCGUCAAGGAAGUAGAUUCCAUCCAUGUCGAUGAUGAGGAAAAUGUCAAAGAUUACUAUGAGAUUAGACAAACUUUAGAAGGUUAUAAUGACGAUGUUCGUCAAGUCAUAACCCAUCCUGCUAACAUCUUGAGUUUCUUACAACCUGGUAGGUUGGUUCAGGUCGUUAUUGGCGGCAAAUACUCUUAUGGUUGGGGUGCUGUGGUUGAAUUUGUGAAGCGAGUUAACAGAAGAAAUCCAACAGCAGUGUAUUCUGACCAUGAGUCCUAUAUCGUGAACGUUGUUGUGAAUACAAUGUAUGCGGAUUCUCCAAUGAAUCUGGUUAAACCUUUUAACCCCAACUUCCCUGAAGGUAUCCGUCCUGCCCAAGAAGGUGAAAAGAGUAUCUGUACAAUUAUCCCUAUCACUUUGGAUUCCAUUCGUACUGUGGGUAAUUUGCGUCUCUUUAUGCCUAAGGACGUUAAGGCUAGUGGCCAGAAGGAAACUGUUGGCAAAUCCUUGAUGGAAAUUCAAAGAAGAUUUGAAAAGGGAAUUCCACUAAUUGAUCCUAUGAAGAAUAUGAAAAUCGAAGAUGAUGAUUUCAAGAAACUCUUGAGAAAAAUUGAAGUAUUAGAAUCCAAACUUUUCUCCAAUCCAAUCGCACAGUCAGUCAGAUUGAAGGAAUUGUAUGAAAAAUACAGCAAAAAGAGUGCGUUGAAUAAUGAUAUUAAUAAUCUAAAACAUAAGAUCACUGAGUCCCAGGCUGUCAUUCAGCUUGACGAUUUGCGUCGUCGUAAGAGGGUCCUACGUCGUUUGGGAUUUUGUACUCAAAAUGAUGUUAUUGAAUUGAAAGGUAGGGUUGCUUGUGAUAUCACAAGUGGUGAUGAGUUACUGUUGACAGAAAUGAUCUUUAACGGUAACUUCAAUGAUCUAAAACCAGAACAAGCAGCCGCCCUGUUGUCCUGUUUUUCAUUCCAAGAACGUUGUAAAGAAGCUCCUCGUCUAAAGCCUGAAUUAGCAGAGCCUUUGAAAGCCAUGAGAGAAGCAGCCGCCAAGAUUGCCAAGAUUAUGAAGGAUUCUAAACUAGAAAUUGUAGAAAAGGAUUACGUUGAGAGCUUUAGACACGAAUUGAUGGAAGUGGUCUACGAGUGGUGUAGAGGUGCUAAUUUCACUCAGAUCUGUAAAAUGACAGAUGUUUAUGAGGGAUCCUUAAUUAGAAUGUUCAAGAGAUUGGAAGAAUUGGUCAAAGAAUUGAUCGAUGUUUCAAACACAAUUGGUAAUUCCGCUUUGAGAGAAAAAAUGGAGGCUGUUGCAAACCUAAUACACAGAGACAUCGUUUCUGCAGGCUCCUUGUAUCUCUAA